CGAGUGACAUACCGAAAUACAAAGGCAGAGUGAAUACCCCGUGGCCGUGCCUUCAUACAUUUAAUCAAAAAAACAAAAUAAUUGAAUUACCGACCCACAUCCAAAUGCUACCUUAUCCAUGCUCUAUCAUACCAUUCUAGUUCAAAACGUUCAAAACAAAUCACACACAUACAUGCGCGUGAACAUCUGUUUUAGACCAUUCGAACGACAGUAAAUUUUUCAGUUAAAUAACCUGACGGAAAGAAAUACCAUUGAUUAUGCCACGAAAAAGGAAAAUUGUGCCUGAAAGUGUGAUACCAGACACAGAUAGUGAAUUAAACGUCAAUUGUAAUGAAGUGAAGAAAUAUUUAUAUAAAGUACAGAGCGACGAGGCCUAUCACAAAACUUAUGCGAAGGAAUUAAGGCAACUGUACGACAGAAUGGAACACGAUGACUUCACGACAGUAUUUAUCGUUUGUCUGAAGCAAUUGAUGCAAUCCGAAAUCAAUCAAUUCACCAAUACUGGUCUGAAAUUUAUGGCUGAAUUUGUGUCAACGUUUCAAGCCGAAGACAUGCAUCCGCUGUUCGAUUCAAUAUUCGUUUGGAUUUUCAAAACUGUCAGUCCCAAUGCAACCAUUCGUCUACGACUCUGUGAAUUUGUGAAUCAAAUGUUGAAUUCGCUCCCGGAUAAUGGAGAAAUUGAGGAAUUUCACUGCAACGAGAUUUUGUCGUAUAUGAUGGAUCGGCUGAAGGACAUAUCACCACACGUUCGAGUUCAAGCAAUAAACGCUCUCUGCCGACUGCAAAACAAAGACGAUCCAAAUGACGAUGUCAUCCAGAUCUUUCAGUUCCAUAUGGAAUGCGAUCCUGCCCCGUUGGUACGACAAGCUGUCGUUUCCUCGAUAGCUCGUAGUGAGCGCACCAUUCCAUUCAUUCUGGGACGGCUCCAAGACGCUGAUGUUCGAGUUCGGCGUACUGUCCUGGCGCACAUGAGCAAUUAUUCGUUGAACAAGUGUUCUGUUGAUCAGCGCUUAACAUUACUCGAACGGGGAUUGUCCGAUUCUUCCGAGACCGUACGGAUGGUUGCAGUGAAAUAUAUGCUGCCACAGUGGUUGACGUUAUGUGAUAAUGAAUUCGUUGCGUUUUUAACGAGCCUGAAACUCUAUCAGAACGAGUUGGAACUGUAUCGUUUCCGGAAUGUGACUCGAAUGGCUUUGCUGGCAAUGUUUAGGUCACAAGAUCCAUUGAAUCUAAUCAAAGUAUUGCCGCUGACUGAAACCACUGAUGAAGAGGACAUUAGCUAUCAUUGUUGUAUCAAUAUCGAUCAACUUACGCCGGAACUGAGUGUCUUUUGGGUUACAUUGAUCGAAUUCUUUCAGAGUGACAUCACCUACUUCGAUCAUCUCGAACGAAUUCUACCCGAUCUGCCAACCAUAUGUGAAUCUAUUGCCGGGUUCGGCACACGGAAGAAACCAAUCCACGACAAACUUUCUUCGCAAUGCAUUUUCCUCAGUCUUAUCGAAUUGCUACAAAUGAUAGACUUCAGUGAUCAGAGUGGUCGUGAAAGCGUCAAGAAUACCAUUGUCUAUCUACUGGUGCAGAGUGCGACGUGCGACGAAAACUUAACCAAGUCGCUGAUCACCAUUUGCGAGAAACUGAUACCAUCGUCGAAUAGUCGGCUACAGUUUUACGUCGAUAUUGUCAAGAACAUUCUGCAUCCAAUCGAUCCGGACGGAAGUUUUUCAUCGUGGAAAUUGGAUUCGAAUACAGAAACUGACGUCAAGUCACUUUCAGUAAAAUUGGUAGAACUGAGAAAAAGUCAGACAAAAUUGUUGGAGACAAACGAAUGCGAAAAAUUGGCAGCAGUGGAGAAAGAAAUCGGUUUAGUUAAGGAACAACUGCUAUUUCUGAUAGCUCCGUUUUCAACUGAAGCAACGAUCAUCUCCAACUUCGAACGAAUCACUAGCGACAAUUUAUUGAGAGGACUUAAGUUCAUUUUCCACGGAGUUUGCUCGAAAACAGUUACACAUCUCAAUCCGUCCAUGUAUCAACUGUAUGAAGAUGUCAUAAGCGUUCGACUGGAAUCCGAUGAUAUGGAGUUGAGAGAUUGGGCACUGAAAUGUACGGCCACUUUCGGCUUGUUAUGCAGCAAACUUGCUAAUUAUGCAUAUCAAGCGUUUUGCAAGCAGCUGUUUUGCCAUCAAGUUAAAUCUAUUUGGAUUACGAGCAUUAGAGCAAUUUUCCAGCUAAUAGACAGAUACGGCAUCGAAUUUUUGGAUAAACACGACAAAGCGGAUAGUAGACCACCAGCAGCGUUAGUAAACAGUGCGUUACUGGCAGGCCAGUCAUUAGACGAUAAUCUUAACAUAUCACGUCCCAAUGACGAACACAUCUCGGCAACAGACAUACUGCUACUGUUGAAUCGUUACUUGGGUUCGAGUCAGGAUGUUGACAUCACCUGCGAAUUGGUGGAUGGAUUUUGUUUGCUAAUUGUGCAUGGUCGUUUCUUCGAAACGGAAAUCAUGGCGAAAUUGAUUGUUAUGUAUUUCAACGCUGACAUCGAGCCGAUAGUUACUCAAAUUCUGAGCGUUUUCUUUGAAACGCUGAUUCAGUACAAGAAGCAGAAAUAUUUUCAGUUGUCGAUUAGCAAAACACUUUCUGCUAUCCAAGGCGAAGAAACAUCCAACGUGACCACUCUACGCUCGGUGCUGAAAUUCAUAUUGCAAGCGAUGAUGAACGACAAGGGAGAAAUCAGUGCGGAUACUGUGGCCGCAUUGUUGGUUUGGAUGGAUGAUCAGCCAACGGAGAGCAGAUCACUGAACGUUAUAUCGAAAGAGAUUCUAUCGUUGAAGCCGUUGUGUAAAGAUGAGGAGUCCAGGUGGCAUUUGAUUGAGUUGAUCAAUAAUUUGGUGGAUCAGAAAAUACCCAAAGAAAGCCAAAGAAACCUGAAAUCAUUUAGGAAAAUCGUAGAAAAAUUGAAUUGCAGCGAAUCCAAAAUCGAGUUCUCGUCUACACGACCAGCCGACGGUGUCGAAGAGGACGCACUUAGCAAUCCUGAUGAUGAUUGCCAUUCUGAAUUAGAACUAAAUCCUAAUGAAAAGUGCAACGAUAUUACACAGGCCGUCGAAAACUACAACGAAAUCGACAAGCGUGAUAGCAUUGAUGUACCAAUGGUCCGAAUCAAUAAGAAAAGAAAAUGUCACAAGAAGGUUACAUAGUCUAUGCACGAUUGAAUCAAGGUAUUGUUAUGUGAACGAGUAAUAAUAUAUGUAAAU